CAGUUCCAGAGGUUGAAAAGAAAGCAUCUGCAAACUGGUAAAUACUUUGACCAUUUCGGCUUGAAUUUGACUGGGAAGUGUUGUUAAAACUGUCUCCUUGAAUAAUUGAAAAAGGACUGGGAGAAGAUGAGGGGGCUCCUACUGUGGAUGUAUCUUCCUGAGGGAUAUAGACCCACAGCUAACUGGAUUUGAUUUAUACGAGGGAAAUCUACAUCAAUGGCCACCCUCACCACAUUGCUACCAUGGGAAACAGAAUGGUCAAUAGGAGAUGCUCUGAUGAAUAGUGAUGAUUGAAGAUGCGACGUUCAUCUGUGUGAAAUCAAUGAGAGCUACUUGCUGCAGGAAGAGUGCUUUGAGCUUUCCUUAACAAGCUCAUAUUUAAGAAACUGGAGCUGCAUUCCACCAGCAUUCCAUUUUCUUCCAGGGGAUACAAAUAUAUUUGCCUUGCUGUACCAGAUAAAUAGACAACUAAUGUGGGACCAUGUCACUUCCCAGAUGCAUGUGGCCAAAUUAUGUUUGGAGAGCCAUGAUGGCAUGUGUGGUCCACAGGGGAUCGGGUGCUCCGUUGACUCUCUGCUUGUUGGGAUGUUUGCUACAGACUUUCCAUGUACUCUCUCAAAAGUUGGAUGAUGUAGAUCCAUUGGUUACUACUAACUUUGGCAAGAUAAGGGGAAUUAAGAAAGAACUCAAUAAUGAAAUUUUGGGGCCUGUCAUUCAGUUUCUUGGGGUUCCAUAUGCCGCUCCACCAACAGGUGACCAUCGUUUUCAGCCUCCAGAACCACCAUCUCCCUGGUCUGAUAUCCGAAAUGCCACUCAAUUUGCUCCUGUGUGUCCCCAGAAUAUCAUUGAUGGCAGACUGCCUGAAGUUAUGCUUCCUGUGUGGUUCACUAAUAACUUGGAUGUGGUUUCAUCAUAUGUGCAAGACCAGAGUGAAGAUUGUCUAUACUUAAACAUCUAUGUCCCAACUGAAGAUGUAAAAAGAAUAUCCAAGGAAUGUGCCAGAAAACCCGGCAAGAAAAUAUGUAGAAAAGGAGAUAUUCGGGACAGUGGGGGUCCCAAACCAGUGAUGGUGUACAUCCAUGGUGGCUCUUACAUGGAAGGUACUGGAAAUCUGUAUGAUGGGAGUGUCUUGGCAAGCUAUGGCAAUGUGAUUGUCAUCACAGUCAACUAUCGGCUUGGGGUACUUGGCUUCUUGAGCACAGGGGAUCAGGCUGCCAAAGGAAACUACGGGCUCCUUGACCUCAUCCAGGCCCUAAGAUGGACGAGCGAGAACAUUGGGUUCUUUGGUGGUGACCCCUUGCGAAUCACUGUGUUUGGAUCAGGCGCUGGGGGUUCAUGUGUCAAUCUGCUGACUUUAUCCCAUUAUUCUGAAGGUAACCGUUGGAGCAAUUCAACCAAAGGACUUUUUCAACGAGCAAUAGCUCAGAGUGGAACAGCCCUUUCCAGCUGGGCUGUUAGUUUCCAGCCUGCAAAAUAUGCUAGAAUUCUAGCCACAAAAGUUGGCUGCAAUGUGUCAGAUACAGUAGAGUUAGUAGAAUGCCUGCAGAAGAAGCCUUACAAAGAACUUGUUGAUCAAGAUGUUCAACCAGCCCGAUACCACAUAGCCUUUGGACCUGUGAUUGAUGGUGAUGUAAUACCAGAUGACCCUCAGAUAUUGAUGGAACAAGGAGAGUUCCUCAACUAUGAUAUAAUGUUAGGAGUUAAUCAAGGGGAAGGAUUGAAGUUUGUCGAAAAUAUAGUAGAUAGUGAUGAUGGUGUAUCAGCCAGUGAUUUUGAUUUUGCUGUUUCUAACUUUGUUGAUAAUUUAUAUGGAUAUCCUGAAGGCAAAGAUGUUUUGAGAGAAACAAUUAAAUUCAUGUAUACUGACUGGGCUGAUCGCCAUAACCCUGAAACUAGAAGGAAGACAUUGUUGGCUUUGUUUACGGACCAUCAGUGGGUAGCACCCGCUGUAGCUACAGCAGAUCUUCACUCGAACUUUGGCUCACCUACAUACUUCUAUGCCUUUUAUCAUCAUUGCCAAACAGAUCAAGUUCCAGCUUGGGCUGAUGCAGCUCAUGGGGAUGAGGUUCCCUAUGUGUUGGGAAUCCCCAUGAUUGGCCCUACAGAGUUAUUUCCUUGCAAUUUCUCCAAGAAUGAUGUGAUGUUGAGUGCAGUGGUAAUGACAUACUGGACAAACUUUGCUAAAACUGGUGAUCCAAAUCAACCAGUUCCUCAAGACACAAAAUUCAUUCAUACCAAACCGAAUCGCUUUGAAGAAGUAGCAUGGACCAGAUAUUCCCAGAAAGACCAACUUUAUCUCCAUAUUGGAUUAAAACCGAGAGUUAAAGAGCAUUACAGAGCCAAUAAGGUAAAUCUCUGGUUGGAGCUGGUACCUCAUCUGCAUAAUCUCAAUGACAUUUCUCAGUAUACCUCGACAACAACUAAAGUGCCAUCAACAGACAUCACUCUCAGACCUACAAGGAAAAAUUCCACACCAGUCACAUCAGCCUUUCCCACUGCCAAACAGGAUGAUCCCAAGCAACAACCAAGUCCCUUCUCGGUAGAUCAGAGGGACUACUCCACAGAGCUAAGUGUCACAAUCGCAGUGGGAGCCUCUCUUCUGUUUCUGAACAUCUUGGCUUUUGCAGCCCUGUACUACAAGAAAGAUAAGAGGAGACAUGAUGUCCACCGGAGGUGCAGCCCUCAGCGCACGACCACCAACGAUCUGACCCAUGCUCCAGAAGAGGAAAUCAUGUCUCUCCAAAUGAAGCACACAGACUUGGAUCACGAGUGUGAGUCCAUCCAUCCACACGAGGUGGUUCUUCGGACCGCCUGUCCCCCAGAUUAUACUCUAGCUAUGAGGAGGUCACCUGAUGACGUUCCUUUAAUGACACCUAACACCAUCACAAUGAUUCCCAACACUAUACCAGGGAUUCAGCCCUUACAUACAUUCAACACAUUUACUGGAGGACAGAAUAAUACACUGCCCCAUCCCCACCCACACCCCCAUUCACAUUCAACAACCAGGGUAUAGCCAGAUGAGAGAGACAAACUGAUGUUUUUUUUCUGACGGAGUUCAGUAAAAGAUUAUUGGAAGAUUCCUUGGCUUUCAACUCGGAAGACUCUCACUAUUUAAAUAAGGAGGAAUAUUAUGUGAAUAUACGUAUCAAGAACUUUGGGGGUUUUGAAAAAAUGAAUUGUAUAUAGAUAUACACACAAAUCAACUUUAAAAAAAAAAGCAAAUUCCAAUUGCUUGAAGCAAUUGUUCUGAAUGAUACUUGUUCAUUCACUUUCAAGAAUUAAUUUGUUGAAGAUUUAAGUUACAUAAUGGAGUUAGGCAUGUGGA